GUUUGCGUGUUUGUUAACGCAGGUAUAUAAGCCAGGCAAAACAUAACCUGGAAAAACAUAUUGUUUACGUCUUGGAAAGAAAAAAAGUUAAUUAUUGUUAUUAUUCGAAAAUGAAGAUAGGAAUCUUGAUAUUAACGGUGUUUGCUAUAGGUGUUGCAGAAGAGAAACCAGGUUACUGUCCAGCAAUACGUAAAGCUGUUACGACGGAAGCAUCAGGGUUGGAAUGUGUCACGGACUUCGUUUGUAACGGGACCGAUAAAUGUUGCGGCUCUAAGUGUACCCGACCAGAGUGUGGCGCUGACAGUAAAGAAACCAGGUGUCCCAUCGAUCUUUGCACGUUUUUCACGUGUUCAAAUAUUCCGGAUGCUGAGUGCUUCUCAAAUCCGUGCUCUUGCAAACGUCUUUGGCUCACUAAACACCGUGACGUCACAUUGGAAUGUGACGAAUCGGAUGCCAAUGGCGAUGGUGAAGUUAAUAGUGUCAAGUCAGAUGAAGAUGAUUAUAACGAAGACAAAGUUAAAGAUAAUGAGAAUGGACAGGAAAUGUAA